UUAAACUGAGUAUUUCAAACUCGAUUUACAAAGCAUUUCUUGGGAAUUUUUUUCGUCGUCGUUAAUAAAGUAUAGUUUAUGACAGUACGCGAGUUUUUUCUUAAUGAACUUUUUUAACUUUUUAUAAGCAAUGGCAAUUCGUCAAAUAAAAUGCAUUUGUUACAAAAUCAAAUACAAUUCUGGUUAGUUAGUUAUGAAUGAUAUUGAAGAAAGUCAUUGAAGGUGCCAGACAGGGAACUAAAAAGAACAGGAAAGAUAAGGAGGGAAUAUGAAAGAAGAGUGUUUUUAUUUCGGCUGAGAGAUGUUUUCGGCCAAUGGACUACGCAGAACUGCAGCAAUACGUGUGUAACCAAAAAAAUGUUCAAUGCACAAUUUUCGUAAGGUGACGUCAACGCGCUCAGAACUGCUGGCGGCACGUGACACCCCGACGGCCGUACGUGGUUUUUGUAUUUUUCAUCGACCAAAAAUAGACGCCGUCGGCCGGUGCCAACGCGACGACUACUGUUACCGUAGCGCGCUACGUUUGCACAGUACGUACGCGGACCCGGUAACGGCAGCAGCGUCCACGCAAUGGCGUCGGCCACGGCUUUGUCGCAGCCGCCGCCGUCGCACGCGCGCGGCAGGCGAACGAGAAAACUGUUCGCGGCGUCCGCACUUUUUUCCCGGUGGUUUCGUCGUCGGGGCACGGCCGGGAGACAGGCCGCCGAAGAUUCCGCUUGGUUCCGCGACAACUUGCAACUGAUCCGGCAGGCGUACGCGGCCGAACAGAACAAACCGGGCUACGAGACGGUGGCGUACGAUCGUCAUAGACCUCCGUCUAUGACAGGCCGCUCUUGGUGCAGACGUAGUGCUCGAUGGUCGGGCAGUACCACGACCGUUUACAGUUUCGAUUAUUUCGAUGCGGCCAACGCCCGUAAUAAUAACAUUAACGGCGAUGGCGAACCGGUAGAAUAUAUCGAUGCAUUAGCGGCCACCACCUUACCGGCCGGGCUACACCGUCGUCGAAAGCCCCCGGCAAAACUGCCUCCGUCAGCCAACGAUACGGCCAAACGAACUGCGACAAAGCCAACCGUUGAAAUGCCGCCACAAACCGCCGUCACCGACACCAAUCUAAUCUCCGCUGUUCCUAGCACAACCGCCACCAUCCCGGGCACGACGACGGGUACGCGAACCAGAAGAAAAAAGUAUAGAGCCCCACCGCCGCCUACGACGCCAGUGGUUCCCGAGUCGGCGACGACGUCGCUCAAAAAACGUGCGCACCGCAAAGGGCCCGCGCCAAAGCCACCCGAUACGGCGGUGGCGACUGCAAGUCGACAAGUGCCGAAAGCCGAAGUUCAGCGUACGCCCAAGACGAUCGUUGGAGUUACCCCGCAAACGUCGCACACGAGUACUGCCGUGCGCGGAAUGGCGGCAGACGAAAAAGACAGGCUCAGGCGACGGGUAGACAAAAUAGAGAAACGUUUGACUGAAAAAACGCCGACCGGAUACGGCCGACCCGCGUCGGCCGUGUACACCGAAAUGGCAGUGACCAACAUAACCGAACUGGACAGGCGUGCGGCCGAGAUAUGCAAGUCGCUGAGCGAGUCCACUGAAGCCGCUCGCCGACUGUCUGCGUCCUUAUCGGUUGUCGUUAAAAAACCCGACGAGAGGAACCGUCCCGUUAGCGCUUUUGUGUUGCCGUCGUCCCGAGAAGUCGGGACGACUUCCGAAAUCCGCCGGAAUCGUGUGGAAUUUUUCGAAAGGCUGAAACCACUCGGAAAUAACGACGAAAUUGUUUCCUCUCCGGCAGUAGUCGAAACAACUACAAACGUACCUAAAAAAGUCACUAAAACCUCAUUGGGUACGCAGACUACUGGCCGUCGUCCAGUGAACAGGUCCAAGGCGGCGAGUACAACCAAACAGAACGAACUGGCUGCGGAGGAAAAAAAAAGUUGUUAUCAAGAACUUAUUGCAAUAGAAAACCAAAACGACCUCGUCACCUGUGAUAGUCAAUUCGAAUGCGCUGUAUGUCUUUGCGUUUACAAAAGCGACGGUAUUAUGCUACGCGAUUGUUUACAUGUAUUUUGUAGACCUUGUUUACAGAUGACCAUUAAACAUUCAGAUGAUGAACAAGUGAAAUGUCCUUAUAUAGAUCCCCAAUAUUCAUGUACUGGAGUGCUGCAACAUCGAGAAAUUAAAAGAAUACUAGGAACGGACGAUGAAUACGAAAAGUACCUACAAAAGUCUGUCGAAAAAGCCAGACAGCUGUUGGCCAAAGGCGGGUCGUUCCAAUGCAGGCGGCCGGAUUGUUCAGGGUGGUGUUUAAUCGAUGACAAAAGAUUAGUAUUGGAGUUCAAAUGCCCCGUUUGUGGAUCCAUUACUUGUGUUCGGUGCGAGGAAGCAGGUUUCUCAGAAUGUGUUCAAGAAAACAUUUUCUCGAAAAAAGCAAGUUGCAACUCUACACCUUACCCUAAAAAAUGGCAAAAUUUCAAAAAAAGUAUAAUUAAAAAGAUUCACAAACCCGGACAAUUAUGUGAAAAGCUGCAACGAAAAACAACCAAUUUGAAUUUCGUUAGUGGCGAAAGUUCUUCUGAUAUAAAGGCCGUAGUCAAGGAUCUAGUUGAAUGCGGCGAAGCCAUGGAGUGUCCUGGUUGUAACACCAUUAUAAGUAAACAAAAAGGUUGCGAUUGGCUCUUGUGCACUGUCUGCUCGACUGAAAUAUGUUGGGCUACCAAAGGACCAAGAUGGGGUCCUAAAGGGAAAGGUGAUACAUCAGCUGGAUGUCAAUGUGGCAUACCACCCGGUCGAAGAUGUCACGUUAGUUGCAAUUAUUGUCAUUAAUUUAAACUUUAUAAUUGAAGAAUAUAAAAUCGUGCAUUUUUAAUACUUUUAAUAAUUUUUAUCAUAUAUUUUUCGUAAAUUAUUUAAUUAUGUAUAUGUUGUCGAGUGUAUAAAAAAUUAAGAAUAAUUUAUCGUUCAAACAAAAUGUUUGCUCAAAAGUUUUUAUUUAAUUAUAUAGGUAAUUAUAAUAAAAUAAUAAAAUUUCCUUAUAGCUUCGAU